CUGUCUGAGGAUAUUCGUAGUUGGAAAUUGGACGAACUCUACGCAAGUAUAUCCACAACAUGUUGAAAAUGUCUCUGCUGUUGCCUGUUGUGUUGUUCGUGUUCACGCAAGCCGCAAGCGCGUGCGACGACGACCUCUACGAACAAUUUCCGACCACACGACAAGGUUCAGAUGAUUAUUGGGCCGAUGCGUACGGAUACGUCCCUCAUCAGCAGCCAUUCAACUUCCCUUACUACCAGCAGCAAAAUGAUUUCGUUCCAUCAGACCGUGUUAUGUCGUACCAGGGACGCAAUUCGCUCAGCCGACCGAAAUUCAGCAGCCUGAAGCCCUUGAAAAAUUAUUUCACCAAUGAAAACAAUGAGGAAUACGAUAGGAACGGCCAGCCGGAAGGCCGUUUCGGCAUCACCGGUCUGAAAGCUUCCCUGAUCAACACGGGCCUCUUCAACAAUCGAUUCACGCCGGCCAACACAUGGCGGCCGUUUUCCAAUCUUGCCGACCGAUCGCCCAUCACCAUCAAUCCCAAUUUCGAAAAUCCCAUCUCUUCCUUCGAUGCCUGCAAGUCACCUAACGGGGAAUCCGGAAUUUGCGCUCCGGGAAACAUCUGCGCACUAUUCGGCGGUCGGCCGAGCGGCUCCUGCCUUCUGGGCAAAGUUUGCUGCAUCAAUGCCAUUACAUCAUGCGGCGGGAGUGUGACCCUCAACAACACUUUCUGGCAGUCUCCGGCCACCAUUAGCGCUCCGUCUACCUGUUCGCUAACUGUCAAACUGGACGCCAAAUUCGUUGAGCAAAAGAGACCCAUCUGUCAACUGCGUUUGGAUUUGGUUUCGUUCACGACCGCUCAGCCGACAGCCGGAACGUGCACGGACACAUUUCAAGUUGGCGGCUCCACCAGCACAGUGCCGAUCAUUUGCGGCGACAACAGCGGACAGCACAUGUACAUUGAUGUGCCAUCAUCGGCGACCAUCGCCACCGAUGUCCAGCUCAUGUUCAAUUUCGCAGCGGGAACCGGCACCAUCGCGCGCUCCUGGAACAUCAAAAUCGCCAUGCUUCCUUGUGGCGCCUCCUAUCUCGCCCCGAAGGAUUGUCUGCAAUUUUUCACCUCAGCUUCCGGCACGAUCAAGUCGUUUAAUUGGCAGGACGUCGCUGUGGCCGCCAUCCGCCAGCUCAACAAUCAGAAUUACAACAUUUGCUUCCGGACGGAACAGAUUGACAGACAGGUGUCGAGCCGGAUGUGUUUCUCCACUUGCGCGGUGACCAAUGGCGGAGCUCCGUUUUCUCUCACGACGGCCGCCGUGCCCGCUAAUUCCGCCGUGGGAACGAUCGAUGCCGCGAACCUGGCUGUUUGCCUCUACGAUUUCCUGCUCAUCGCCGGCGGAACUGAUCCGGCCACCGGAUUAGUUGCCGAUCGCUUCUGCGGAACUCAAUUCAAUCCAAUCCCCGCCGGUGCAGCUGUCAGCGUUCCAGUGUGCAGUCGAAUCAAGCCGUUUAGAAUUAUCUUUCAAACGGACGCCACCGAAGCGGCCAUUGCUGCCGUUGGUACUGUCAUUGCUGCGACUGCUGAUGCCAACAACGCCGGAUUUUGUCUGGAUUUCCAGCAGAGAACAAAUUAAAAAGUCUCAAUCCAGCUUUAUUAUUAUUAUU